GAACGAGCCGGGGGGCAUCUUCUUGCCGUUAUAUUUUGGCGUUCCAGGUCUCGGCGCUGCUGUGUUGCACGGUCUCUUUGUUUCUCUCUCUCUUUUCUUUUCUGCGAGGGUUUGGAGGUCUCGUCUUUUUCGAGAGCGGUGGGAGUCUUGAUCCGAGUUUGUCCCUCCGAUCUCCGAUGUGUUAAUCUCUCCUUCUCUUCCCAUCCUCCUAUCGUUUUCCGCCUCUCGAGCGGUGGCCUCGAGCUCGAUCCCAAUCUAUGAAGCCCCGGAGCCGGAGGAAAGAAGGAUUCGGAACGAUCCCAGGUGCCUCCAGCUCUCCAUCUUGAAAUCCAGGGAUUUCUUGCUGAAUUCCGCCUCCUGUGGCCUGGAUUGGAGGUUUGGAUUCUGGUGGCCCAGUGGUGAGGGAGGGAGGAGGCCUGGAUUGGAUUGGAGCGGUGCGAAGGGUUUGCCUGCUGUGAUUGCUAGGAGGGAAGUUUGGAUUUUCUUGAAGGGGUUAAGGGAUUUAGGGUUCUUUUAUUGCAUCUCUUCGCGUUCUUGGUGUAUGAGAGAGAUAGGGAGUAGUGGGGAUGGAUGCGGAAGUGGAAAGGUACGUGACCUCCCUCGACCCGGAUCUGCUGCAGCUGGCGGAGGUAUCUCCGUUGGCGUUGAAACAGAACCCGGAUAUUGCACAAGGGCUUUACUCGCAGUGGCUUACGCUACCGGAAACUUCCAAAAUGGUACCUCUCGUACGGUGAAGUCAUUAAUUGAAGAUGCAAAAGCUGGUGCCCCCCUGAAUGUUCCUGGCAGCUGUAGUGGCACAAAUGCUGCGGCAGGCAACCCAUUGCCUUCCAUGUUCGUUCCUGGCAGUGCACCUCCUCUUUCACCUAGAAGCACUACUGGAUCUCCUCGUGUUGCGAAACGUGGUACAGGGACUGGAGUUUCAUCCUUUGCAUCUCCACUAAAAUUAGUUAGUGAGCCAGUGAGAGAAGUCAUACCUCAGUUCUAUUUCAAAUAUGGGUGUCCACCUCCAGAAGAACUGAAAGAGCAAUGCUUAUCUAGAAUUGAAAAUAUUUUCUUUGGCCACGUGGAUGGACUACAAAUUCAUGAAUUUAAAUCUGUCACAAAGGACAUCUGCAAGCUACCGUCAUUCUUUUCCGCUGCUCUUUUUAGAAAAAUUGAUGUUGAUUGCACUGGAACUGUAACCAGGGAUGCAUUUGUUGAUUAUUGGGUCAAUAGCAACAUGAUGACAACCGAUAUAACGACACAGAUAUUUAACAUUCUGAAGCAACCUGAUCGCAAGUACCUAAGUCAGGAGGACUUUAAACCUGUCCUUCAAGAACUUUUGGCGACCCAUCCUGGUUUGGAAUUCUUACAUGGCACACCUGAGUUUCAGGAAAGAUAUGCGGAAACUGUUAUAUACAGAAUUUUUUACUAUGUGAAUAGAUCUGGAAAUGGCCAACUUACCCUCAGAGAACUGAAACGUGGGAAUUUAAUUGCUGCAAUGCAGCAUGCUGAUGAGGAGGAAGAUAUUAACAAAGUUUUGAGGUACUUCUCAUAUGAGCACUUCUAUGUAAUAUACUGCAAAUUUUGGGAGCUCGAUACAGAUCAUGAUUUCUUGAUUGACAAAGAGAACCUUAUCAGAUAUGGAAACCAUGCACUGACAUAUAGAAUUGUUGAUAAAAUUUUUUCACAGGCACCGAGGAAAUUUACUAGUAAGGUUGAAGGGAAAAUGGGCUAUGAAGAUUUUGUUUAUUUUAUUCUGGCAGAGGAAGAUAAAUCAUCUGAACCAAGUCUUGAGUAUUGGUUCAAGUGUAUAGAUUUGGAUGGAAAUGAAAUUCUGACUCCCAACGAAAUGCAAUUCUUUUACGAGGAGCAGUUGCAUCGUAUGGAAUGCAUGACACAGGAACCUGUACUCUUUGAGGACAUUUUAUGCCAGAUGAUUGAUAUGAUUGCACCAGAGAAUGAGAGCCACUUUUCUCUACGUGACUUAAAAGGCAAUAAACUUUCUGGCAAUGUUUUUAACAUCCUUUUCAAUCUCAACAAAUUCAUGGCAUUUGAAACGCGCGAUCCGUUUCUUGCUCGUCAAGAACGUGAAGAGCCAAAUUUGACUGAGUGGGAUCGUUUUGCGCACACAGAAUAUAUUAGGCUCUCAAUGGAAGAAGAUGCUGAAGAUGCCUCUAAUGGAAGUGGAGAUGUUUGGGAUGAAUCACUUGAGGCUCCAUUCUAAAGUCAAACUAAGUGCUGUUGGAUUUGAAGGUGAGUCAUCCUUAACAUUGUUUCGGCAAAGCAUGGAAGACUGCAAGAACUCUCCCUUGAUAAGCACGUACGUCAUGCUGCUUAUAUUUUUCUUUUACCUUCAUUCUCAUGAUCUCAUCAUUGCUGUCAUUACUUUUACCCUUUUGGUUUUUCCUUUGCGUAUGUUCUACUUCCAUUUGCGAGGUUAUUUUGCCCUUGUAGUUUGCUUGAGUGUGCCAUUGUUUACACUUUACACCAUGUAUGCCCCGAUCUAAUUCAGAUAAAUUUUCUUUGUUUUGGAGCACUUUGCUGUUCAUUUUUUUCUGAAAUUUUGUAUUCUGGUUUGCUACUAUGUUGUGCAGAAAUUCAUAUUUUAGACAAAUUUUGAAGGUAUAUUUUCUUAUCCUAGAUUGUUUAGGUUGAUUGCUCUCAUUGUGAUUUAUGAUAUACCCUAGUUUUGUUAGAGGUUUCAGGCUAAUUUGCUGCUGCUGUGAAUAUGAUAACCUGACUUCUUCCCUUGAUUUUCAUCUCUAAAUUGACUUCUUAUGGAACCUUGUUGCGUGAGAGAACCCGAGAGGUAUUUGACUAAACAUACUUAGACAUGAUAGGUCAUGGUAAUAAUUAAUCAAAUUACCUAGCCUCUCCAAGAUCCUAGAAUAAAGAUUCAGACGUGUAGAAAAAGUGGAGAACUGGUUUCAGGAGGAAAGAAAAUGGUUUUCAAUUAAUAUUUAAAGAAGAUAUUUCUACUUGUUAGCUUUAGUCUAGAAGGUAUAGCGUGCUAAAGAUGGAUCAAGUAUUUGGAUUGUGAAGACUGGAGGCUGGAGGUCCUUGCGGUCGAGCUUCGAACUUAUAUUUCCAUUUGAAUGAGUGAAGUAGGUUUACCCAGUCUUCUCUCUCCUAUGUUGGCAGGCUCCUUUCUGCAUUGAAAUCAUUCUAAUUAGAAUUGUAUUGAAAUGAAAUGCUAGAAUAGCAUGAGAGUUACCUCUUCUUUUGACAUGCUGCUACAGACCUGCCUUGUCAGACCAAGGUCCCUUCUGUUAUAAAUUGCAGGCAUAUAUCUGCAUCUCUAGCAUAAAAUCGACAUUGUCUCUGUAGCUUUCUACUAAAAGUAAGCUAUCUUAUUUUCGAACUCUGGCUACUGAUGGUUGAUCUUCCUGGUAUUUGAUGAUGGGGUCCAUGAGUAGGUACCUGAAAGAAAUGCUAUGGUCCUGCGGAUGCUUGCUCAAAGCUGGCCAAGAAGCAGCUAGAUAAAUUGUAUGGCAUGCUCCUUUGAAGAAGGAUCUUGGCAGCUACAUCCGUCCUUAGUGAUGAUUAAUUACAAAAUUCACAACAUAGUUCUGACUCCAAAAUAUUUUUUCCCAUGUGCAAAAUUUUUGCUUCUCAGGCAAGUGAAAGCAAGUGGCAUUCUGGAGCAGUUGGUCAACACAUCAGUGAUGCUGAAUGAUGGCAUAAAAGGAGUGCAAUCACUCAUCCUUCGUUUGAUUCCAGUUAUCCCAGCCAGGUACCAGGGGUUUAAGGAUUACUGGCCUUAUAAUUGGAAGAAAAAAUCAAAUUAUGUUUAGUUGCCGGUUUCUUUUCUUACCCUUUGCUACAGUUCGUGGAAGCACAAGAAGGCAAUUAAAUCUUGAGUUUGUUCCUGGCAUGUAUUUGCCCCGAGGAUGGUACAUCUUAUAUGGUGGUUUAUUGUAACAUGUUCCUCCCUUUAUUAAAAUUUAUAUGAUGUGAAAAGAUGGAAAAACUUUUAUCACCUAUAUUUAUUGAUUUAUUUUUUUAAUUA